UGUUGAAGCUGUUCAUACAUCCCUGUGAGAGGACUUAAAAUCGCUCUCUCAGUGAGAUGGUCCUCUGUUGAGUAUUACUCGGCUCACUCUCCAACAUGGCUGCUCUUCUCAGCGCUCUUCUCAUCUUUACUGGACUCUCAGGACUUCAGAGCAUAACUACAGUCAGUGAAGUGUCAGUGAAGGCUGGAGGCUCCAUCUCAGUCCCAUGUCUCUACGGGGCCAAGUACACAAACCAUGUGAAAUACUUGUGUAAAGGAUACGAGUGGAUUUCCUGCUCCUACGCAGUUAAAAGUAAAACAACAGACAGUUCAGGGAGGUUUUCAAUCUCUGAUGACAAACAGAGAAGAAUCUUCACUGUGACUAUCACUGCACAAACUCCUCAAACUCAUAAUUUCUGGUGUGCUGUGGAGAUAAAUAACGGGGAAGAUAUCAGGGCUUAUUUUCAGCUUUCAGUUACCAAUGAUCAGCCCCAGCUCUCUGUGGAUCAUCAGGAGGUGACAGGGUUUAGUGGAGAAAGUGUAUCCAUCCACUUUAGACACAGGAUCAGUGGACAAAUCUCUUGGCACACACUUGGAGGGUCCUUUGUGAAGGAGCCGUCUGGAACAAUCGAAGGAACAACAGUGACCAUUACUCAAACGAGCCAGACAGAGUUCACAGUGACUCUGAGUGGACUGAGAACACACAGCAGCGGCUGGUAUCUCUGUGCCAAAGGAGACUUCCGGAUGCCGGUGCAUGUCACUGUUAAAGAGAGACCGAGCACAACCACACUGGAGGCGACCACGUUUGUUAACAUCUUAUCGAGCACUCUUCAAGCUGUGAGUCACACACAUGUUAACACCUUAUCGAGCACUCUUCAAGCUGUGAGUCACACGCCUGUCUCUGAAAACUACACCACAGUUCAGACUGAAUCACAAAGAGCUUUCAUUCCCCCUCAGAGUCUCAUCAUCUCUGGGACUUUAUUGGUCCUCCUCUGGAUGCUGGCCUUAAUCCUCUGGUUCACUUGGAGAAGACGCAAGCAGACAAAGGCCCAACCAUCAGCUGCUGCAGUGGCUGAAGAGGAGCUCACAUACAGCACUGUUUCACACAUCAGACCGCCUAAUGACAGGCAGGGUCCAGCAGGGUCUGAGGAUGUUAUUUACAGCACAGUAGCACAGCAUUAAACGUCUGCAUGUAGAGAUGAUGAUAAUCUGCAUCAGCUGAUGUCUGCGUUCGCGAGGUGGAUUUAAAAAUAAACAAAUGUCUGCAGACUCUGCAGGCAGCCUCGCCAGCGUGCCCCUUACGUCCAUCAGUCACCAUCUUUAUUAUUCUCACCAUUAUUGUCCUUUUUACAGACAUAAAAGCUAGACCAACAAUGCGUUGGGUUGCUCUUACAUAUUGUUUCCUUCUGAAAAAAUAGAAUGAAAAGCUGAAUCAGAUGAUUCUUUUCAGCCGAUUGUGCAGCAUGCCUUAACCUUUGACCUUACGUACACUUACUUUGUGUUUGAGUUUUCUUUUAUUUAGUAACAGUUUGUAUUACAACGGAUCAUUUCAUAUUUCAUAAAUAUCCUAAAACAGCAAAGGAGAUGGUGUUGUCUUUUUGAUGGUGAUCCAAGUAAAGCUUACUCAGGUAGUCUUUUAUGGGCUGAGGGAGAUUUGGGAGCGUCAGUCAUGAACCAGGACUAAGAAAAGUCUGAGGACGGGGAUGAUGAAGGGGCAUUGGCAAAAUCACUACCGAUAAUCCCUGUGACAUGAGUUCUUCACAGUUCUUCAAAAAUACCCAUGUACUCACAUUCAUCCAACAACAGACUGUUUUAUCAUGAAGACAUGAAUUAGUUAAUGCGUAUUCUCCUGGCUGUGGUGCUUAAAUUCAAUCUAUUUGGUGGUUGAAGCGCAUGUUUUGAAUUCCUGAAGGCUGACUUACUCCUGUUUGUUCCUCAUUGAUCUCAUGAUGAAGAAUGGGAUACUGUUGAUAUUGUUUGAUCUUUGUACCUGAGCUAAAAUGAGAUGUAUAACUUGUGUGUGUGCAGGCCCUGUCUGUCACUGGAUCAGCUGCACAGCGUGUUAUUCUAUAUUCAUAAGUUUGUUUGUCUGCAGGCUUGUUUUUUCAUCUUCAGCUGAAACUUCAACUUUUGUUUUACAAGAAGACAUCAUGAAUGUCACAGGACAUGUGUUUAUGCUCAUAGGUGUGUUUGUGCAUGUGAAGUGUUGGCAGCACAUUGAUUUAAAUGUCUUAUAUUUAGGAGCACUAUCGCUGUUAAGAUGAGCACCAGCAAAAAAUAAGUCCUGCGCUGCCACUGCCACUAACUGCAUGUUACAUCACUGUGACUGUGUUUGAUAUGAUUACUAGUCUGCAGAAACUGAGCUGAUUAAAUAAAUGUAUAUGACGUUCUGCGUU